GAAGACGGAACUUAAAACCACUGAUUCUCACACCACAGCUCCUCAACACAACACAAGUAACAAUAUGGCUGCAGGACCCCCGGAGACCACCGGACUGGAAGAUGGACCAAAGGAGGAGGAAGAAGAGGAAGAGGAGGAGGCGAUGGGAGACGUGACAGACGCCAAACCUGACCGCAGAGGAAGGUUCCUGCUGUUUGGGCGUAAGAAGAAUAAGGAUGGCCAGACGCGGGAGCAGGACUACUCUUCUGAAAGCCAUUACAGAAUCGUUUCACCAACAUUCCAGUAUAAGAUGAGCCACCAGCGAGUGGGCAAGUGCGUCAUCAUCAACAACAAAAACUUUGAUGAAAAGACAGGGAUGAAUGUACGCAACGGCACGGACCGAGACGCCGGCGAGCUGUUCAAGUGCUUCAAGAGCCUGGGCUUCGAGGUCUUCAUCUACAAUGACCAGACGUGUGAGAAGAUGGAGCGUCUUCUCAGAGAAGCCUCGGAGGAAGACCAUAGUGACAGCUCGUGUUUCGCCUGUAUCCUGCUAAGCCACGGCGAGGAGGGCAUGAUCUACGGCACAGAUGGAGCCAUGCCCAUCAAGACCAUGACCUCGCUGUUCAGAGGGGACAUGUGCAAAAGCUUAGUGGGAAAGCCAAAACUCUUCUUCAUCCAGGCUUGUCGGGGUUCUGAAUUUGAUGAUGGUAUACAGACAGAUUCGGGUCCGCCAAACGACACCCUGGAGACAGAUGCUAAUCCAAGACAUAAGAUUCCUGUAGAGGCAGAUUUCCUCUUUGCCUACUCAACUGUUCCAGGGUAUUACUCAUGGAGGAACCCUGGGCGCGGCUCCUGGUUCGUCCAGGCGCUCUGCAACGUCCUCAACGAGUUUGGCAAGCAGCUGGAGAUAAUGCAGAUCCUGACCCGGGUCAACUACAUGGUAGCUACCAGCUUUGAGUCCUGGUCCGAAGACCCGCGUUUCAGCGAGAAGAAGCAGAUCCCCUGCGUGGUGUCUAUGCUGACCAAAGAACUGUAUUUCAACUAACCGCCAACCUUAAGUGAGCGUACUGUUGGACACGGAAGACUCGAGUGACUGACGAGACUGACUGUGUCAGGUACUGGCGAAGCGGUCAAAGCAUUCAGGGAAGAUUCAGGCCCAGCAGGACACUGCUCAUUCUGAGCCCAUAUUAAUAUUUUGCAUGUUUAGUUGGGCCUGAAAAACAACAACACUCUGUGAGAAAAAAAACCGAUAUAUUUACAGUGGCACUCCACGUUCAUGUGUUGAUGGUGACAUUUAUUCCUCCUCUUCAGGUUGUUCUUCAGAAUAAUGGCGUCACAUUUGAUCUGAUCUUUGUCGACAGGCAUUGUGAAAUAUCCAUGUUAUUCUACCAGACCCGGAAAAUUUGCUGCCAGUUUUUGUGGGCUCGGGGAAUCGUAAUUGAAAAUGUGUCUUUCCAUUUUCCAGCAUUUUGCAAGUGACGUUGAAAAGAACUGUACCGGACAAAGGCAAACAAGAACAGAUUAUAGGCCGCGCUUCUUUUCAUUUUAGUUUUGUGACUUCAAAUAAUUUGGGGUUCUGUGAGCAGCCUCUCCAGAGCCUGAUCACUAUUACACAAUCAAAUAAAUGAGAAACUCGAAAGUUGAAUGCUUUUAAAGCCUUUUUAUAAAGCUCCCAUAAAUAAA